CUGCCUUCCGUUGCGCACACACUCAGUCCGCGAGAUUCUCAGUUCGCGUGCGCCAAAGACAGAGAGAUACAAAGAUACAAGCUGAAAGAAAGAUAAUGUUAGAAAGAUACAAAUCAUAGAAACCCCUUAAGAAUCCAAGCUACAAAGUGCUGAAAAUGCAGCUUGCUUUAUAAGUGCCAAGUGUUGACAAGUGUCCAGAUACAAUAUAUCGAAAUACCUGAAAAAACAGGUUAAGUCCUUCUUAAAUUCUCCUUAAAGAACUACAAAUUCCCACAAAAUGCUGGUCGGUUCGCAUCCUUAUCUGUGCAACGGCGUUCCCGCCGCCACCGCAAGCCCCGCUGCCAAUGGCAGUGCACAAACAACAACGACAACGGCCAGCAAAAGUGCCGCCGGCUCAGCGACGGACUUCUCCAUCGCCGCCAUAAUGGCCCGCGAAGAUGCCUCCAGCCGGGAGUCCUCAAUUCGUAGUGCAAGUCCCAUUUCGGUGGAGGAUGAGGUUGACGUUGAUGUGGUUGACUGCAGCGAUGCCGAGGAGCCGCCGACCAAGGCGCGACGUUUGAAUCACCAUCAGCACCACAAUCACAAUCACCACCACCACCAGCACUACAACAACAACAACAACAGCCACAACAAUAAUAACAACAAUGUGGCACACAAGAGUCGCAACAGCGCCGGCGCCGUGGCACAAACAGCUUCCGCCGAAUCCCAACUGAACACCAGCUCCACGAGCAGCCAAGGACGCUGCUCCACACCACCCCAAUCCCCGGGAACGGAGGACAGUGAGGAGCGUUUAACACCCGAACCGGUGCAGAAGGCACCCAAAAUUGUCGGCUCCUGCAAUUGCGACGACCUGAAGCCGGUGCAAUGCCACCUGGAGACCAAAGAGCUGUGGGAUCGCUUUCACGAUCUCGGCACCGAGAUGAUCAUCACCAAAACGGGCAGACGCAUGUUCCCCACUGUGCGAGUCAGUUUCUCGGGUCCGCUGAGGCAAAUCCAGCCCGCCGAUCGCUACGCCGUACUGAUGGACAUUAUCCCCAUGGACUCGAAGCGGUAUCGGUACGCCUACCACCGGUCCGCUUGGCUGGUGGCCGGCAAGGCCGACCCCGCCCCCCCAGCCCGCCUCUACGCCCAUCCCGACAGUCCGUUCAGCUGCGAGGCGCUGCGCAAACAAGUUAUCUCCUUCGAGAAGGUGAAGCUGACUAAUAACGAAAUGGAUAAGAACGGACAGAUCGUUUUGAACUCGAUGCACCGAUACCAGCCCAGGAUCCACUUGGUGCGUUUGAGCCAUGGCCAGAGCAUUCCGUCGAAUCCCAAGGAACUGCAGGACUUGGACCACAAGACCUACGUGUUCCCGGAAACGGUCUUCACGGCGGUGACGGCCUAUCAGAACCAGCUGAUCACCAAGCUGAAGAUCGACUCGAAUCCGUUUGCCAAGGGAUUCCGCGACUCCUCCCGCCUCACCGACUUCGAUCGCGAUCCCAUGGAGGCACUGCUUCUGGAGCAGCAGCUCCGCUCGCCACUGCGUCUGUUCCCCGAUCCGCUGAUGCAGCAGUUUGCCGCCCAGGGCGAUCCCUCCUCGAUGGCGCUGUUCGAGAAGGCCCGCCAGCACCUGCAAAUGUUCGGCGGCAAUUCGCCGUACGCCCAGCUGAUGAUGCCGCAGAUGUACCAGGCGGCAGCAGCGGCAGCGGCCCCACCACCCCCGCCGGGACUGGGCGCCUUCCACAUGUUCCAGCAGCAGUGGCCGCAACUUACCGCCGGCUUUUUGGCCAGCGCCAAUCAGCAGGCCGCCGCCGCUCAGGCUCAAGCGCAGGCGCAAGCCGCCGCCGCUGCAGCGGUAAUGGCCGCCAACCGGACGCCCCCGCCCCCGCCCACCGCUUCGACGCCCUCGUCGACGUCCUCGGGAUCGCCGUCGCCGGAUAUGCGACCGCGUCAGUAUCAGCGCUUCAGUCCCUACCAACUGCCCGGCGGUCAGGGGCCGCCCUCAUCCGCCGCCGGCUCGCCGCCCGUCGUCCACGCCUCCCGCAGCCCCGCCCACUAUGUUAACAGGCCCCCGCCCCUCAAGUUCUUGCCACGAGCAGUAUUAAAAACUAAACACACUGAGGCUACAAGUUGUCUAAAGUAAAUAUAUUACACUAAAGGUAAAACAAUACUUUCGAAAGGACAGACAAUUUAUUUGGUAAUAAUAUUUCUAUAAACCACAAACAACAAUAAUAUUUGAAUUUAAAAUAUCAAUAUAAAUUUAUAAACAUUUUUGGUGUUAUAACAAAAACAAAAAUUAUUUACCAUUUCAGUUACAAUAUAAUUCUUAAUUUUAGACAACUUUUAGCCUCAGUCAAUCUAAGCGAAACUAAAUUCGUUUUAAAUGUUGUAAAUUAUUUGUUGUUUAUAUGAAAGCAAAGAAAACAUUUCUCUCUAUUUGUUGUAAAAAUUUUGAAUUAUUUUUAAGCUGUACAGUUCUUUUCACUUUCCCCUAGAGAAUUUUUGUAAUUUAGUUUAAUUUAUUGUACAAAUGUUUCAAUGUUGUUCAAAAACUCAUCUCAGUGUAAAGUUAGAACGAAAUUCACUCAAAAACUAUGCAAGCAAAACAAAAAAAAUACAAAUAAAUAUAUAAAUAAAAACGAUGCACGAUUGUAAACUAUAUGUAGCUAUAUAUAGUGUAAACAUUAACCGUUAGUUAUGCUAUUACAUCUAAUGAUAUAUUCAUAGUAUUAACAAUAAAUUCAUAGACGCUUCAGUUAGUUCUAUUUAUCCGGCGAAAACGAGAAGAUUUAUUUAGCAUAAAUUAGAGGAGAAUAAAACCAUAAUCUGUAUUCAAUGUGAACGCUAAAAGAAAGUGAAAGCACGAAAAAUAUUUAAACAAAAUUAUCAAACAAAAAAAAAACACAAACAUACAAAAACAAAUCAAAAAUAAAUAA